GAAAUCCUAGCUACGGCUAUGGAUAUGUUACUAUAUAUACAACCUACUUGUUUCACCUACCUACUUAGAUACUCAUGAUUUGAUACCCCAGUUCAACAAGACAAAACAAAAAUAAACACAAUACAAAUCAAUGGGCAAACAAAUAAAACUGUGCAUGCAUUCCAUUGUUGAGAAUAUUCCAUAAAUAACCGAGAUACAAUUUUUUUCUUAAGAAAUCCAACUUUUUUAUUAGGUAGUUUUCCCAUAUUAUUUAAGUGUUGUACCUUUUCAAAACCUUUCAGAACACAAAAACUUAAAUAAAAUGGGAAAAUUACCUAAUAAAAAAGUCAGAUUUCUUAAGAAAAAAAAUUGUAUCUCGGUUAUUUAUGGAAUAUUCUCAACAAUAUUAUACCAUUUUGAAAAGAGAAUUGAACACACCAACUUUUAAGGUAACUUUCCGAAACAUCGUAGAGCAUUUUUUUACACUAAGGUUUAUUGAAUUAGAGUCAUGUAAAAUUUUUUAGUACUUAGUUGGGCAAAAAAGUAAUAUUUGCUUUAAAACUGAUGUAGUUGAGUUAAAAUUUUUGAAUGCAUUUGAAAAUUUAUAGAAAAAAUGAAAUAUGUAGCCAAUUACACGCAUAGCAUGGGGUAACGAUGAAAAACGAUCAAGAAUGUCUUCUGACACUUCUUGAACUACCAAGGAAACAACUGGUUUUUGUUCGAGGUCUUCGACAAGGGGGGCGACAGGAGAAAUUACUGGCCAAAGAGAGAUGGGUUGGCAAAGCCAAGAGGGGCCAUUCCACCAAAAAGUGUUACCCCUCAACUCUGAAGCCAUUAAACCCCGAGUGGCUAAAUCAGCUGGAUUUUCAGCAGAUUUCACGUGUCUCCAAGGGAUGUUUCCAACAUUUUCUAAAAUUUCGCUAGUGCGAUGUGCAAUAAAAGUCUUCCAAACACAGGGUGGCUUCUUAAGCCAAGCUAAUACGAUGGACGAAUCGGUCCAUAAAAAGGUCUGAUAUGCGUGGACAAGGAAACUUGAAACGUAAAUUUUUACCAUUUUGGAAAGAAGAAGUGCCCCACACAACUGAAGGCGUGGCAAUGACACAUAUUUGAUAGGUGAAACCCUUGAUUUUGCACAGAGCAAGUGAGAAGAGAAAGUUCCGUUAGACUGACGAACGCUUAUGUACAAAGUGGCGGCAUAUGCCUUUUCUGAGGAGUCACAGAAACCAUGAAAUUGGACUUCUGACGUGAGUGAAUAUUCUACCCAACGGGGUAUUUCAAUUUGUUUUAUGUCAUUUAACGAUUCCGAAAAAAUUUUCCAAAUUUUAAACGAGUCAGAUUGAAGAGGAUCGUCCCAAUCAGUAUGCUUUGCCCAGAUUUUUUGCAUGAGCAUUUUUGCAACUAUCAGAACGGGAGCUAACCAACCUGCAGGGUCAAAAAUACGGCAUAUUUGAGAAAAAACUUCUCGGUUGGUGGGAGUUUCGGGUAAAACUAUUGGUUGUAUGGAAAAGUAGAAAUUAUCCCCCUUGGCAUUCCAGCGUAUCCCUAAGGUUUUUGUAUUACUGUCAGUGUCUAGCUUCAAAAAAUGUUCAUUCAAAAUAUGUUCUCGAGGCAAAUGUUCGAGUAAAAAGGGAGUUCAGAUUGAGCUUUCAUAGCGGAAUAAAUAUUAUGAGCACCGGACAAAACGUCAUCAACAUAAAACUCUGAUUAAAGUAUUUUUGACGCGAGAGGGAAAUCGGUUUUCCAAUUCUUGCUAAUUCAAGUAGGGUACGGAUAGUCAAGUAGAGGGCGCAAUUUACGCCAAAAGUAACGAUGAGGAGUUCGAAAUCUUCAAUUUCUAAAUGAGGAGAAGUGCGGAAAAGAAUUCGUUGAAAUGGAGUGUCCCGUGGGUUGACCAAAAUUUGCCGGUACAUUUUUUCUAUGUCCGCAUUAAACACAUAUUUAUAAAAUCGCCAGCGAAUGAUUAACGAUGAUAAGUCUUGUUGUAAAAUCGGGUCAGGGUACAAUAAAUCAUUUAAACUGACACUGUUGACGAGGCAUUGGACGCAUUGAAGACGACACGUACUUUUGUCGAAGUACUUUCUGGUUUUAUUACCGCGUGAUGCGGUAAAUAAAAUGACUUUACUUGACCUUCUUCAAUACGCUCCAAUGGAGUAACCUUUCUCAUGUGAUUUAGAGAAAGGUACUCAGAAAUGACUUUUGAAUAUUGGGAUUUCAAAUUUUCUUUUGAGGCUAGAGAUUUUUCAGUUCUAGAAAAUUGUUUUAGGGCGAUAAACCUAGAGUAACCUAAACCAGUCUUUGAAUUUUGUGGUUUAAAGGGGAGUCGGACAACAAACCUACCAUCAGCGCGUCUAAAGGUGGUUGUUUUAUACAAUUCUUCACAGAAACAGUCUUCUUUAGAACGAAUAAUUGUAAAGGGCAGUUCUUCUAAUUCCCAGAAUCUGCGUACUUCAUUGUUACAUUGGCAUGACUUGUUUACUGUUAUGUUGAAUGAUUGAAACGACUCUGGAAUUGGCCCUGACAAUAUCCAACCGAACAUAGGCAAGUAGUGAGUUAGAAAUGUGUUUAAUGCCAUUACGGAUGAUGGAUGGGUAAAGAUCGGCACCAAUCAGAAGAUCCACCUGAGAGGACUUAUUAAACGUUGGAUCGGCCAAUUGAAAGCCUGCAAAAAUGGUAGGAUCUACUACCGAGAAAGAUGAACUUGGGAGGUUGUUAGUGAGUGUUUUAAGCACAAUGGCGUUUGCUAAAAAAGUGACUGGAGGGGGGUUAGCAGAAGUGAUUAAAAAGGAACAAAGUUUCUUAGAAGUGAUAGAGAGAUUUCCACUGAUUCCAGAAAUAGAAUAAUUUUAAUCGAUAUAUGGUAAAUUCAGACGUUUUUGCACAGCUACCGAAAUGAAAGAUACUUCGGAACCUGGAUCAAUUAGUGCCCUUACGGUAUACAUAGAGUGACCGCAAGAUAUCGAUUUUCGAAAUUUGGUCGGGGGAAUUUAAAUUUUCAGUACUUACCUCAAAAAGAGCUGAAGUCCAAACUCGAUUUAAAAUGAAACUUUUUUUUAACUGAUUAUAACAAAAAAACGAAACAUUUAACAGAUUAAAAAAAAAAAAAACAAAAUACUUAAUAUCGUCUUAUGCCUACUUCUCACGAGUCGAUUUUAGCCGCACGAUAUGUCGUUCGACUAGGAUUUUUCUAUAGGGAUUGUCACUUUAGUCGCCUGCGAAUUACGUUCACACGAGUCGAAAAGCUUCGCCGCACGGCAAAAAUCGACUCGUGAAAAGUCCCCAUUACAUUUCUAAUACAUAACUAAUGAAGUAAUUACUAAAAAAAAUGUGUCAAGAGAUUUACUUAAAGUAGUUUUGGAAGCAUCAGGAUACAAUUUUCGGCACUCACUGACUACUUGAAGCACAUAUUGUUUUUGUUCUUCAUCUUUAGUUAAAAGGUUUUUAAAAUUGGUUAUUAAUUUGACUCCUCUUUCUGCCAUGUCAUUUACGACUUUAAGUGAUUGCACUUUUUUAAAGCCUUCUUUAAAAUGCGGGUUUCCGGGCAAAAAAUUUGGAGGUGCUUUGAGAAAACUUGUGUCUAUUUUCAAUCGGCUGAAAACACUUAAAAUUUUAAAAACUUCUUUUAAUAUUAAUACAAAAACGCAACAGAUUUAAUACUCACAUUUUAUUUUAAGUUAAUUUAUUUAAAAUUAGCAAAAAGCGCGAGUUUAUUUUAAUAAAAUUAUUGAACUACCAACGAAACGACUCGUGAAGCUUAAACUUCAUAAAAAAAACAACAAAUAUGUAUUUUACAACUGCAUUUUAUUUUUUUCUAUAAAAAAAACAUAGCAGAAUCAACCCCCAAUGAGUGCCCUUUUUGUUUUUUUCAGUCAAUUUUACUCUGUGCCUCUAUUGUUGAUAAAAUUAUUAUAUAUUAUUAUAUAUUAUACGAGAAGCAUUUCGAUUAGAUACCUUUCUAUAACAUAGAAAGUUUCAUUUUAAAUCGAGUUUGCACUUCAGCUCUUUUUGAGGUAAGUACUGAAAAUUUAAAUUGAUGACAAUAUUUUUUUUUAUUAGUAAAACUAGACAAGUUUAGCAUCUGAGUUAUGUGUAAAAACACUACCUUUAAUUUAAUAUAUAAAAAGUGAAAAUAACCCCCUCUGUUUGGAAGCUAGAGCUAAUUUUCUGCGAAAAAAACAGUGAAAAAAUAGAGAUUUUUGAUACUUUGAGCGAGUGUCGGCACCAUUUAGACUUAUCCAAUCGAGCUGAAAUUUUGGCCAUCAAAAAAUCUGCAAAGGUGGAACAUUUUAUAUAUACACUGUAUCCAGUCCUACUAUAUUCACUAAGGCAGUCGCCAAAAGAAUUCUUUUUCUAGAGGUCACCAUGAAAUUUUGAUAUGCAGCUUGAGGAAUAAAUGGUUGCAAAGAGGCAGAGAUUUGAGGAUUUUGAAUAGCUUGUGAUUGAGAAAUGGACUGUAGAUUUAAAUUUUGAUUUUUAACUGGAGUGGGAUUGGCAAGAUGCAGAAGUGUAUGGUGUCUUUUCUUGCAAAAACUGCAAGAAUAUUUGCUUGAACAAGUAGCCUUUUGAUGACUAGUGCCUAAGCAAUUAUUGCACAUCUUUUUUUUCUCGAACUAUUUCGAUUCGGGAUUGGAUUGGUAAUGCCGAAAAUUUAGGACACUCAUAAAUAGUAUGUUCUGCCGAGCAAAUUUUACACUUAGUUCCUCCCGCCUUCGCAAAAAAAGUAUUGACUUUGCUAGGCUUUUGAAAAUUGUUUUUCUUGGUGACUUGGAAAUUUUGUGAUAAUGGUUUUGAAGAAGUGGUGUCUGAAAUAGAUACUAACGUCAGGAAUCGUGAAUUUAAGAACUUGUCUAAUAGACUGGGCCAAAAAAAUAAAAUAUUUUUUUUUUUGAAAGUUACUUCGAAAAUCUUGUUCAGGAUGAUGAAAAAAAAAAUUUGGUGAAAAUUUGAGCAGUUAAAAAUAAUUUUAAGAGGUCUAUCAUCGGUGUUUUUUAUUUUUAUACAUGAUAUGAUGUGUUACAACAGAACUGCUAGACGAUCAAAGUAAAAAAAAUUUCUGUUCAUUUUUUCUUAUAUAAAAUUAAAUUUCCUACAAAAAUUGAUUUUUUAAUUUUUUUCUCGAUUUAAAUCGUGAAUAACUUCUUCAGAACUCAAUUUAGGUAAAAUUACUAUGAGACCUUUUUUGUAGAGAAUUAAAUUUCCUUUAAGAAUCUGUCGUGGUUUUAUUUUUCUAUUCACUUAUUUGCUCAUCACAAAAUUCCAAAGUGAAACAGUCAAAUUGAAAAAACACUUCGAUUUAAAAAGCUUAAUUACUCGAAUGCGGCUCGUCUGACGAAAAUUUUCAAUCAGAUCUUUUUUGUAGGAAAUUUAAUUUUAUAUAAGAAAAAAUGAACAGAAAUUUUUUUUACUUUGAUCGUCUAGCAGUUCUGUUGUAACACAUCAUAUCAUGUAUAAAAAUAAAAAACACCGAUGAUAGACCUCUUAAAAUUAUUUUUAACGGCUCAAAUUUUCACCAAUUUUUUUUUUCAUCAUCCUGAACAAGAUUUUCGAAGUAACUUUCAAAAAAAAAAAUAUUUUACUUUUUGGCCCAGUCUAUGUCUAACUUUUCCCAAGUUUGUACCUUUGAUGGAUCUUCUAAAGAUUGUUCCCAAAGAGAAAGUGUUGUUUUAGGUAGCCUAUUGCAACAGGCGAACACAAGGAUUGGGUCCCAAUUUUUGGUAUCGACAAGGUGAGCUCUAAGUGCUGCUAGAGAGUCAUCGAUUUUACUUUGGAGGUUGCGGAUAGAUUUUGCGCUCUCUUCGUGAACUGUAGGCAAGUUAAAAUGUUUUUGACCUGGUUGUUUACAAGAAUACGAGUGUUCUCAUAAUGUGGCAGGCAAAGCUGCCCAGGCAAGUGCAAAACUAGCAUUUGUUAAAGGAAACUGACUGACAGUCCUAAAUGCAUCGUCUCUUGUCUUACAACGAAGAUGGAAUAGUUUUUCCACUUCACCUAACUUAGGGUGUUGAAUAUAAACCGCAUCGAACAUCUCACGAAAUGCAGGCCAAGAGAUAUAAUCACCACGAAACACAUCGGUAUCACAUGGUGGUAAUUUGAUACAAUGAGAGGACCCGGAUUCCUGUGGCAUAGUUGUAAACUCUUUAACUACCACAGGAUCAGAUUUGAGUUUGUUUUGGAACUCAAGAAACAAUCCUAAGCAAUUAACAUACGUUUCAUUGCUGUUUCGGUACUUUGAUUUUAUUGCAUCAAUAUCGAGUGGUUCUUCCUCAAGCGUAAGGACAUGACGAGCGCAUUGAGCAUAAUUCUCUUUAACAUUUUUCCAUAAAUCUUUGAGUUCAGAUAUUCGUGCUUCUAAUGUCGCAAUUGAAUGGCUGUUUUCAGGCACUUCCUUUGCUGAGGCAUGAAAUUUGACAAGCAAAUCUGUCGCAAAAAUAAAAUCUUCCAAGUGUGACAUGAUCCGAAAUAAGAAUCAGUAGAAGUUGAAUAAAAAUUUAGGUUUGAGUGAGUGGGUGAAAACGUUAGUAAAUUUUGCGUUUUCAGAAUUAAUUUGAAAAAAACUUUGAAAAAAAAAUUCAAACAAAAGAAUUUUUCAAAGUCUAAUUGAGAAAAGCGAGGGGUUCUCAAAAGAACCUUGAAUAUUGAGAGCGACUGGGUGAAAACGUUAAUAAGUUUUACGUUUUCAGAAUUUAUUUGAAAAAACUUUCAAAAAAAAAUUCAAACAAAAGAAUUUUUCAAAGUCUAAUUGAGAAAAGCGAGGGGUUCUCAAAAGAACCUUGAAUAUUGAGAGCGACUGGGUGAAAACGUUAAUAAGUUUUACGUUUUCAGAAUUUAUUUGAAAAAACUUUCAAAAAACAAUUCAAACAAAAGAAUUUUUCAAAGUCUAAUUGAGAAAAGCGAGGGGUUCUCAAAAGAACCUUGAAAAUUGAGAGCGACUGGGUGAAAACGUUAAUAAGUUUUUGCGUUUUCAGAAUUAAUUUGAAAAAACUUUCAAAAAAGAUUUCAAACAAAAGAAUUUUUCGCAGUAUAAUUGAGAAAAGCAAGGGUUCUCAAAAGAACCUUGAAAAGCGGAGAGCGACUGGGUGAAAACGUUAAUAAGUUUUGCGUUUUCAGAAUUUAUUUGAAAAAACUUUCAAAAAACAAUUCAAACAAAAGAAUUUUUCAAAGUCUAAUUGAGAAAAGCGAGGGGUUCUCAAAAGAACCUUGAAAAUUGAGAGCGACUGGGUGUAAACGUUAAUAAGUUUUGCGUUUUCAGAAUUAAUUUGAAAAAACUUUCAAAAAAAAAUUCAAACAAAAGAAUUUUUCAAAGUCUAAUUGAGAAAAGCGAGGGGUUCUCAAAAGAACCUUGAAUAUUGAGAGCGACUGGGUGAAAACGUUAAUAAGUUUUACGUUUUCAGAAUUUAUUUGAAAAAACUUUCAAAAAACAAUUCAAACAAAAGAAUUUUUCAAGGUCUAAUUGAGAAAAGCGAGGGGUUCUCAAAGAACCUUGAAAAUUGAGAGCAACUGGGUGAAAACGUUAAUAAGUUUUUGCGUUUUCAGAAUUAGUUUCAGAAUUAGUUUCAAAAAACUUUCAAAAAACAAUUCAAACAAAAGAAUUUUUCGCAGUAUAAUUGAGAAAAGCAAGGGUUCUCAAAAAAACCUUGAAAAGCGAGAGUGACUGGGUGAAAACGUGGAUAAUUAUCGGCGUUGUUCGAGAAAAAAAAUAUUUGAAAAGUUAAAAGAAAUGCACAAGUUCAAGAUUAAAAAAAAACUUUUCAAAAAGAGAUGAAAUAUGUUUAAAUUCCCCAAGAAAAUUAAUCGCAAAUUUUUUGUUUUAAAGUUUCUUUACUUUUUUUUGAAAAAUAAUCGUAAAUUCAUAGAAUUAUUUUAAAACAAUGUGAAAUAAUUUAUGAGUUCACAAAGAACCUUGAAUAUUUCAUGUGAAUGUGGAAACUGUAAAUAUUUUUUAUAAAAAAGCGUUGAAAAAAAUCCCAAAAGAACUUAGGGACCAGCACAAGAAUAUAAUGUGAGAAAAAAAAAAAAAAAACUGUCCCGAAAAUGCGUCUUUUUUUUGUCCAGUUAAAUGACCUAGUGUGACUGGAGAAAAUCUCAACAAACGAGAACGCGAUGCAAAAAAAAGAAAGAGAAAAAAUGUGACGCCACUUUUCCCGUUGAGAAAGAAAAUUAAACGUCUUAUCUAUAUGUAUAUAGCUAAAUAUGUAUGUAUAUGCCGAUCAAUAUAUCAAAAAAAAAAAAACACAAAAACUUCACUUACUCUGUACAUAUUUUCAUUUAAUUUUUAGGAUGAAAGCUGCUUCUGGUUCUGAUGCUGGUCUCUGUUUCCCACGUUGCGCCAAUCGCAGCAAUGGCGCUUCAAAAAAAAGUUCCUGCUUCCCUUUGCACCAAUCGAUUCAAUGGUGAUUAACAAAAUGUAUCUUUUGUGGCCCUCAGAAGAGCCUUUUAAAUUUUUUUUUUUUUUUGCGUUUCGUCGACCAAAGCGACGAACAAUAACGUAAACGUGUAGCAUUUUUCCGUUUUUUUUUGUGGAGUGCGUGCACGUGUGGUUCUUAAAUGUGGUUGCAGCAUGUCGGACACCAGUAAGUUUUUUGGCGGUGGAGCACAAAUCUGGCUCGAUUGGACCAAAUGUUCCUUUGUGGAAAUGUAAAUCGGGAACCAAAACUUACUUGUGGUGACUGUCUAUCAUUGUUGUAAAUAGUGGUGACUUUUUAGUUUCUUAUUAUUUCCUUUUUGUGUUGAUUUAUUUUAUCUUCUUUGGGUUUUGUUGUUUUUGUCUUUUAAAUAAAAGAACUUUAUAUUUUUGUUUCGUUAUUUAUACAAAUUUUAUUUCAACUUUUAAUUUGUUUAAACUUUAUAAUUUUAUAAUUUGCUUUUUUAUGGUGUAGUGAGAGAGAAUGAAAAAAAAUGAAUGACAAAAUUGAAUGAUGGAUUGAAGGAAGGACAGCCAUUUUCCCGCAUAAAAAACUUGACGAUAUUUGUUGAUGCCAAAUAUCGUUUUUUUAGAUUUUUAAUUUAAGGUUGCGUGAACAGAAAUAGUUUGUUCCUAGUGAAACUAAACCUUUUGAGAUUACACGUGAAACAUGAUAAAUUGAAUUUUAUAAAUAGUUUUAAUUCACUAGCUUUUAUUGAAAAAUUAUUUAUAAACUUCACUUUAACAUAUAAAUUUGUUUCAAAUGUAAUUUCAAAAAACUUUGUCUCAUUAAGAAUAAAACUGUAAUUUCACUUGAAAUAAAAAAAAAAUCUUCAAAAAAAAACAAACAAUAAUUCUGUUAAUCAACCAUUAUAUUUAUUUAAUAUUUAUUGGAAACACACAAGACACAAAAUUAUUUUUUUUUUUUUUUUAACUAGAUAAAUAAAAGAAAGAUCACUUGCCUGGCCAGUUGAGAAUAGUGAAAAAGAAAAAAUUAUCCUGCACUUUGGUUUUUGUAUCUUUUUUUUUUCUUAAUGCACAAUACUCCAGUCAAAGCGUCAUUUGACCUUGCGCAGAGAGGCACUGUCAGUUUUUAUUUCAUGGAUCGAUAGGGGUAUAUUAAAAAGGCUUAAACCCAAUUUCUCACCACCUGAUCAUUCUUUUUAUCGGAGUUAUUCACAAAAAUGCAUUUUCUGGGAUAUUUUACUUCUAAGCUAAUAUCUUUGUUCCAGAUUGUCGUAGACCAAAAAAUAAACACACAUUCUCUUCCUUAUAAUAUUUUCUAUCGUUGUAUGUAAUUUCAUUGUAUUUGAGUGAAUAGAUACAAAAUGGCAGCCAUUUAAAGUCAAAUUCUUGUUGUUAAAAAACACAUUUUUGUCAUUAUUUGGAAAAAAAAACUUUUAUUAUGGUCAACAUUUUUCUAACCUAUUUUGUAGCCCUAUUCAUGUCCUGCAUUGUACAGAAAAAAUCAGCUCUUUAUCAGCAAAGAUGGCCGAGCAAUUGAUAAAUGAACGCAUGCAAAACCGGUGCGAAAACACCCAAAAAUAUCGUUUUUUGGGAAUAACUCAGCUUCAGAAUGUCCUAAGUCAAAAAAUAAAGCUAUUGAUUGUUCGUUACAACAUUUUCUAUCGAUUUAGUGCACAUUGUUUUUGUUGAAACAAAUAAAAAAAAUAGUGUGUGUACACCAGUACACGCGACUGAAGUUAUACUUCUCACUCAGUAAUUAAAUGAAUUUCAUUUGAUAUUUUUUAUUAUUUUUGUUUUAUAUUAUUAUUAAAAUAAUCAAAGAGCGUAUUUAUUUAACAAUCUCAGCUUAUGGUAUUCUUAGGAAAUUUUUUGAUGCUAUCUCUGUGCCUUAACCCAAGACAAUCCGACUUCCCUGAAUAUAGUUAUGCAUGAAAAAUUAUUUAUAAUUGGAAAUUAAGAAUCUUCAUACCAAUUUCCGGGGCUAAAUUUUUGAGAAAAAAAAAAUUAAUUUUAUCUACGAUUGAUAGCCUUUAUAUCAAUACAAGCACAGACAAUUAUAUACAGAUAUCGCAUCCACUCCAACCGCAGGGCUGGAAGCAAUCCUUAAUCUCACUCCCUUAGAUCUAUUUGUACAAGAAUUAGCAGCAAACAGCGCCCUACGUCAGUCAAACCAACAUUUGGAAUACUAGUCAAAACGGCCACACUACGAUCCUUUCUAACUACGUUGGCAACAACGUAAGUACAGAUUACAUGACCCCUUACUUAGACUUCAACAAGUCUUUCAAUGUCAGUUUCCCAAACAGACAAGAUUGGGAAAACAGUGUACCUUUCUCAAAUGAAUCGACUAUCGCCAUCUUUACUGAUGGUUCGAAAAUGAAUACUGGGGUUGGUGCAGGUUUUUACUCAGAAAACCUUAACCUUGCCAGUUCUUUCAGGCUCCCCGAUCACAGCAGUGUCUUCCAAGCCGAGAUAUUGGCAGUGAAAAAUGCUGCUAAACAAAUAUCCAUGAUGGCGAUAUCACCUGCUGACAUCACCUUUUUCAUUGAUAGCCAAGCGGCAAUAAAAGCGAUUUCUGCCACCUUAAUCAAGUCAAAGCUUGUUUCUUGCUGUCGCGAAGAGCUUAGGGUUCUUGGUAUGCAGCAUAAUGUAAGACUCUGCUGGGUUCCCGGCCACAGUGAUGUGUUCGGCAACGAAAAAGCGGAUGAGCUUGCAAGGGAGGGCUCAGUUCUUGAUCCCUCUCUCAUAGACCAUAACAUCAGAAUCCCACAAUGUGAAAUAAAACGAAAUAUUGUCAACAAUAUUUCACAAAAAACAAAUGAAAGAUGGAACCUCCUAGAAUCCUGCGGUCACACCAGGAAACUAUGGCCGAACUUCGAAAAAAAAAAAUCAAACAAGAUCUUACUACUUAGUAAACCUUCCUUAAGAUCCCUAAUAGGCAUCUUAACGGGACAUAACCUACUAGGAUACCACAAAAAGAAAAUGGGGCUUAGUACGGAUGAUCUAUGCAGAGGCUGCGGCAAUGAGGACGAACAGGAAAACACUGUUCACUUCCUCUGUCACUGCCCAGCACUCUGUCGCACAAGGAAAAAAUUCUUAGGAAACUACUUCUUUAAUGAAUUAGAAGAACUUUCGGAACUUUCAGGCAAUAGCCUACUGAACUUUGUAAAGUCCUCCAAAUGGCUCGAACAACCAUAGCAUUCAUAGGUUAUCACUUUUUCAUGAAGUUACAAUACUUCAGGGUAUCACAAGGGAUCUACAUUGAUCUAAGUGUGACGGUAACAAGAUCAACUGUCAGCCCAUUUAACCUAACCUAACCUAUCGCAUCCCAUAGAAAAAAAAUGUCAUCAAAAUUUUUUCCAGCCGACAAGCGCUUUUUAAAUUGGAAUCAAAAAGAAGAAGAGAAUUUUUCAGCCGACAAAAAAACUUUUUUUUAAUUUAAAAAGAGAACAAUUAGAAAGGAUCUCUUACGGCCAUGACCUUACUCACUCUCCCGCGAAAAUAAAAAAAGGAGUGCAUGUGGGUAGAUAGAAGGGAUUUCAAUUCGUCUUUGACUUUCUAAGCAAUUAGCUGCUGUGAAAUAUUUAAAAUAGGUAUAUAUCGUACAUAGGAUUUCUUAAGGACUUAGAACAAUUUUGCUUUACGCCGACGAUAUGUAGGUACAUAAGCUGUAUGUAAUUGAAAAUAUUUUAUAAGAGAGUGUCGGCUGAUUUUGAGAUUUCAUGGGCACUGGGUACCGAUCAGAUUGUUCAAUUGUGUGUAGACAUCUAGACAUACAUAUGAGGUGCAGAGUGUUGGUGAAAUAUGAACAUGAGCACAGUGUGUAUCUGCGUAGGUAUAUAUUAAGCCGAUGUCGUUGGGCUACAUGACUUCUGCGUGCAUAAGGCGGCCCAUAGACAAGACACUUGUGUGUUAUCUCCGGUGACCACACAAGUGUGUUGUCUGGUGUGUAUGUGUAUGGGUCGCUUAAAUCUGUGAAAAUUUAGGUAGAUGGAUAGGUAGGUAAGCAGGUUCUUAGAUAGAGUAGAGUGAAUUAAUUGGCGAAUUCUAUUCAUGUUUUUGUUUACAUUUGAAUUGCAUUCAAACAGGUGAACUUUAUUUUUUUGAUGGAAGCAAAAAAUACAAAAAAAUAAAUCAGGGUUGUAAAAAAUCUUUUUUAAAACAACUAUUUACUGCAACUUGAUAAUGUUUUGCAUUAAGAAAUACUAUUGCACCAUCUUUAUUGACAAAAACAAUAUUUUGCCUUACAAAAAAAUGUACCUACCUAUUGUAAAUAAAAAAAAAUUCUCCAUAGAAAAAACAAAUCAAUGCAAAGUGUGGGCAAUAAAUAGUUCAUUUUUAAUAAUCGUCGAACUUCGACGUCGAACCAUUUUUCAUCUAUGCUUUUCACCGAUGCGAAAGCGGGAAAGUUUAUGUGUUGAUAAGGGCGCCGGUUUUCCACAUUUUCUUUCGAAGGAAUGACUUUCGCGGUUUGACAAUCAAUUUUCAUGGUAAGCCUUGAUUUUGCCCAUUUCUGCCUGCGUCAAGGGUUUUUCACGCCUUAUUAUAAAAAAACCGAAACAUUUUACUUAUAAAAUGUUCAUAAUGGGUUUAAUUCAUUUUCCAACUGUUUUGCUUACUUUUGGUUACAUUUGAUCUUGCUAAACCACACUUGUAAUGUGAAAAUCAGCUGUGCCUUUUUAAUUAUUUCGCACCAGAAAUUAUAAAUAUAAUUUUUAAAAUUAAGUUUAACGAAUUAAAUAAAAUUAAAGGGUGGCAAACAAUCCAGUAUACACUUGUCAUCUUAUUCGUGCAAGGAGUAAAAAUUAAAUAUCCUUUAUAUGGUUUAAAAACGAAAAAAAAAAUCGACUGCCUUUAUAGUUAUUUAGGUGGGUGUAUAGUUAGGUAUUUAAAUAUUUUGGUUCUGCAAUAUGGAUCAAAGACAAACCAGACAUUUGAAUGUUCUCCGUUUCCGCUGUUCUUGAUUUAUAGAUAAUCUAACUAACACGAUUUUUUUUAAAUAUGUUUUAAAGAUAUCGAUUUUUUUCCAAGUUAAAAUACUGAAAAGGUAAACAAAAUUAAUAUAGGUAGAUACUCCUUAAAUUUGUUAGCAUAUUUAUACAUAUUAGGUAUUUUUAAUGCAGCUAGGUAGGUAUUUCAAUUUAAACAUUUUUAUGUUUUUGAAAAUUCGUAAGUACAUACUUACCUACCUUUGUCUCUCCAUGAUUCUGGCUACGGAACCCGAAAAAUCCCUGUGUUGUUAUUUUGUACAUACAAUGUAUAAUUUCUUUUGUAAAAUAAAUUUUUAUGUUCUGUUUUGUGAAUAAAAAUCGUAGGUAGUUGAUCAAAAUCUAAAGUUGAUAAAACUAGUUUAAUUUCAUAAACCUGCCUAUUAUAAUGUACCUACAACAAUGAGAUACGUAGUAUUAGCUACAUACAUAAUAUAAUUACAAACAUAUCUGACUGACUGACUACGGUUUAUAUGAGUUUAUUUGUGUAAGUAUACCUGUGUUCUACCUACGUUAAGUAACGUUUGUACAUAGUUACUAUUUGAUCGACAUAGGUAUGUACGAUGUACCUACCUACUAACUUAACUUGAUCAAAAUUAAAAACAAAAGUGAAGCAAAUAUGUUACUAUAUGUACAACCUACUUGUUUCACCUACCUACUUAGAUACUCAUGAUUUGAUACCCCAGUUCAAGACAAAACAAAAAUAAACACAAAACAAAUCAAUGCGCAAACAAAUAAAACUGUGCAUGCAUUCUUUUUUCCUUGAUUUACAAAAAAUAUCCCAAAACCAGAUCUCAUGUGUUUAUUCCUAACCCUAACCUAUCCUAUGAAAAAUUAUUAAAGAACAAAAUUUCAUUCAUUGAUCAGGUAGGUACCUACUACUUUCUUAAAAUGCAUUCUUAAUCCUUUUGCAUACCUACACACAAUCACUCAAUCCCGCCAUCUAAGGAAACAAAAACAAAACUAAAUUGCAAAAAAAAAAAAAAAAACAAAAACAAAAAACCAACCCAAAUAUGUACAAGUAGGUACAUAUUCCUUAUUUUUCUUUCUCUUUUUAUUUUAUUUCGUUAAAUACUAACGGUACAGAUUAUACAGAUUUAAGAUUAACAUUUAACAUUGGAUAAAAAAUUAAUUUUUAACGAUAUUGAUUGAAAAACAUAUUCCUCAUACUCUGUGAUUUAACAAUAUCAUUACAGGAAUUAAUAAGAACAUAGUUUUUAUUAAAUACAUUAAUUAACAGAUUGAGAGGACUAUAAGCGCCAUAGUUUGAUCUACUAAAGAUGUUACAAAGUGACAUUUGUCUUCUUACUGUACUGUACGACUUACUGUAAAAUUCAAUCGGGAAAGGACCGAUGGUGUUGAAAUCGAACCAUUAAUUAUUCCUAUGAUAAAACAAAACUUUAAAUACUCUCUAUGAGCAAAAAGAGAUGGCAGAUUUAUAAGUUGUAAUCUAUGAGAGUAAGGUGGUAUUACAAUUCUAUCUGACCAGGGAAGGAAACGUAGACUUCUUUGAACGGAUUCUAAUCUGUUGAUAUGAGUCGCGUAAUAAGGUGCCCAUACAACACACGCAUAUUCAAGAAUUGAUCUCACAAACGAAACAUAGAGGGUUUUAAGGACAUAAGGGUCAUGAAAUUCACGAGUAAAACGUUUAAUAAAGCCAAGUGCCUUAUUAGCCCUUUUUAUUAUAUAAUUAAAAUGAUCGAUAAAUGAAAGCUUUGAGUCUAAUACUACUCCAAGAUCGGUAAAGCUAGACAAAAUUCAUAAAUCAGAGGAAUUAAAGUUAUAUUUAUGGACAAACCAGUUAUUCUUACGCGUAAAACACAUUGACUUGCACUUCUCAACAUUUAAAAAAAGACGAUUAUUAUUGCACCAUUCCCAAAAUCUUUUCAAGUCAUCUUGUAAAAGUUCACAGUCUAAUAUUGAGUUAAUUUUUCGAAAAAUUUUCACGUCAUCAGCAUAAAUAAGAGACAUAGAGUUUUUUAAGACAGACGGAAGAUCAUUAAUAAAUAAAAUAAACAGUAAAGGACCAAGAUGGCUACCUUGUGGUACACCAGAGUUGACAAUAAAACAUUUAGAACGUUCACCUUUAAAAAUAACACUAUUUAAUCUAUUUUUGAGAUAUGAAUCCAACCACUUAAGAAAUUGAUCGUUAAGACCAAUUCUUUUUAAUUUAUUGAGAAGUAUUUGAUGAUUAAGCUUAUCAAAGGCUUUGCUAAAGUCUGUAAAAAUGCAGUCAACUUGUUGAUUCUUCUCAAAUGCAUCAAUGCAGAACGUCGUAAAUUCUAAUAAAUUCGUUGUUGUAGACUUUUUCUUAACAAAACCAUGUUGAUUAUCACAUAGAACAGAAGUACAAUGAAAAGACAAAACAUCACAAACAAUUGAUUCAAAGAACUUAGGAAUGACAGAUAGUUUAGCUAUAGGUCUAUAGUUGGUUACUAAAUUUUUGUUACCUUUCUUGUGAACUGGGAUUAGAAAUGAGUUUUUCCAAAGAGCUGGAAAUAUUGCACUAUUUAAUGAUUGAUUAAAGAGUAGAGACAAAGGAUACGAAAAAUAUAUUGCACAUUGUUUAAACAUAUAUGAAGGCAAGCCAACAGGACCAGGACUAAAACAUUCAUCUAACUUUGAUAUGUACUGAAGGAUAGUUGUCUCAGAAAUUGAAAAAUCAAUAGAGUUAAGGUGUGAAAACUCAUCAAUAGUGAAAAUAUUAUUUGUAUCACAAGAAGAAUUAUUUUCAAAAGCGCAUUUAAAGUAUUCACUAAACAUAUUGGAUAUUUCCUCAGGGUAUUGACUUGUAGAGUCAAGAUAGCUCAUAUUACUUGGGUAACCGUCGGAUUUCCUCUUACAAUUUACGUAUAUCCAAAAACUACGCGGGUUAGAUUUUAAUUCAUUUUCAGUUUUUGAUAUAAAAUUCGUGUAAAGAAGAUUUGAGUAGUUUAUGAAUUCAUUUUUUAGUUCAUUAUAGUUCUUUAAAGCUUCAUCAGUCCUAAAUCGAUUAAACUUCACCCAAGCCUUAUUUCUUUUAUGUUUAAGAGUUUUAAUAUGAAGAUCAAACCAUGGUGGGCUAGUACUAGAAAGAUUUGUUUUGCGUAAAGGAAUAGUUCAUAUAAAGCAAUCAAAUAAUGUAUUAUAAAAUCGUAAAAUCAUUUCAUCAAUAUUGACAUUGGAAAAUAAAGCAAACCAGUUAAUGUUAUUUAGUAAAUUAAAAAGUUGAGAAAAAUUACAUUUUUUUUUUAAAUUGAAUUCAUGCUGAUUCUUACAAUGAGAAGAUAAGGAACUGAUAUUUAAAUUCAACGAAAUAGAUAAAGCUGGAUGGUAGCGAUCUUCCUCUACUAGUUUUGUUUCGCUUAUUAGGACAGCUCCGUCAGAGUUGAUGUCGUCAGAAAAGAAAAUUAAGUCCAAGGAUUUGCCAAAUUGAUUUUUGAUCCCACUUAAUUGAUUUAGUCCGAAAGAUGCCAUCCCAUCGAUUAGUUGAAAUUCAUUGCUAUUCUUCGCAUUUAUAGGGACAAAGUAAUCAAAUUCAUCUGACUUGACCCAUUCAAGGUUAGACAGAUUAAAGUCUCCGAUGACGAUAAUUUCAUCAUUAUGAUCAAUUUUGCUAUGAAUAGUUUCAAGACAGUCAUAGAGCUUCUCAUAUAGUUCACAGUUUGAAGAGGGUUGAAUAAAGCAAGCAACGAUAUAUAAAUCACCAGAUGAAAUAGUAAUUUUCCCGCACAUUAUUUCUAAUGUUGAUUCCAAAAAAUCGUCGACAAGAUUGCAAAAGAGGCAGUUACGUACUGCUAUCAAUAAACCGCCGCCAACAGUUGUAGUGUAGGUGUCAUUAUGGCGAUCUCGGCGGUAAAUUUGAAAGUUGGAAUCAAACAUCUCUGUAUCCACAAAAGAAGAAUUUAGCCAUGUUUCCGUGAGGAUAAGUACAUCAUGAGGCACGUUAUUUAUGUUCUUAUAAACCUUGUUGGUUUUUGUCCUUAGGCCGUUUACAUUUUGAUAAUAGAUCAAUAGUUGGUGUAGCUGCUUUGAUUCAGGAAGGGCAUUGUCAUAUGUUGUGGAAAAGGGUGAGAAUGUUUUAUUUGUUUCCUAUUUUGAAACUCAUGAACAAUGAUUCCGUUUGGCCAAAAAGAUUUUGAGUUGAGAAGAUGGAACAUAGAAUCUGGUACUUUAAUCUUAAAUGAAGAGUACUUUGAGUAGUUACGAUGGAGCAUUUUAUCCACCGUAGUUGAUCGCAACGUACCGGUUUUAGACAUUAUAAAUUUUUUACAUCAAGAGCAUUCGUUGAGGGUUCAAGUUUUGAGAUGAAUAUAGUUCUUUGACCAUCAACAAUUCUCAGUCCAGAUUCUAAAGGCGAUGUAAAGUUUCUGUCAUUUAAGGACGCUGCAUGAUGGGAUGUGUCAGUGUCAGAAGCUGGAGGAGCAGGCAAACUAUUAGUCUGAUAGUCCAUUAGCGUAGAUGUAAUAGCUUGUGUUGAUGCUGUCGUAGAAGUGUGUGUAUUUAAAUACGAAAAUGUAGAGAGACUGGACUGAUGUUCAGAAAAUGCAGCUGGAAGCUGAGACGAUUCAGUCGGUCUAAUAGAUCUUUUGUGAGUAGGUUAGGUAUUGAACUACUGAGGAAGUUUUUUUGUUGUUUUUUUUUCAUGAACCGUUGUCGUUGAGCCAGACCGACCAGCAUCAACCGAAAGAAACAAAAAACGUGCGCCAGGAAGACUCGAUACUCGAGCCACAAGGUCUAUUUCUAUGGACAGAAAGAAAAAAAAAAUAUGUGAACAACGGUCUUGAGUGGUAAUUGUAUCUGAGUUCUAUUUUCUUUGGUGCUCUUUUACUUCAAAGCGACGAUUUUCUGUUAGCCUUUCCAUUUUUUUAAUUGACAAACAAUAUUGCAACACCACAGAUCACCUCAUGCUCAUUUAUUCCUCAUCCCAACCUAGCUUAUGAAAAAAAUAUUAGAGAAAAAAAUGAAUUUAUCGUUCAGGUUGUUUUUUUAAAGACGUCCACAAUCCAUAUGCACACACACAGCUCUAUUUUUCUUCCAAAAAUCCCACUUUAAAAAAGAAACAGUUAAAACGGGAUUUUGCAAUGCAAAAACACAACAAGAAUACAAGAAAAAAAUCAAAGAUACAGAAAAAUAACGAUUCCAACUCAAGACCGUUAUGCCCAUGAUUUUUUUUCUUUUCUAUCCAUUCAAAAAGAUCUUCUCGCUCUGUCUGAGCGAGAGGCGUGAAAACACAUGAUGACAUGAUACUCAAUCUCAAAGACCACGUAAAAGAGAAUCCGAGAAUAAAGAAUCAAAAUUCCAAAGAGAAAAAAAGCAUUUUAAAUUUUCUCAAAUUUUUCAUUGAAAAGAGCUUUUUUAAAAGCUCUUCAAAGUGGUGAUUUUCAGUUUCAUAUGUCACUUUUUUCUAUGAAGAUGAGACAUCUGUAUAUAAUUAUUAUUUGUGAUGCAAGCUUAGUUUUAGUCUAUGUUGUUUUUUUUUUCCUUUUAUUUAUGAGUAUUUACGUUUUUGUUUUUUUUUGUGGCAACUUGCCACAUGCAUUUUGCCACAUGCCACAUAUUGAAUGCCACAUGCCUCGUGCUACUUGCCACAUGCACCAUCAUUCAUGCCACAUGGUAAUUGCCACAUGCCACAUGCAACUUGCUAUAUGAGACAUGCAAUUUGCCACGUGCUGUGUGUUUUUUUUUUUACCGUACUGCGGCGUACUGCAUUUGUUAUUAUACUAAAGUACUAACAACUGUAAAGGUGAAAUGACAGCCCUGCUGCCAAAUUGUCUUGGAGAUGGCGAUCGCGUCAUAAUCCCUUUGACAUUCUUGUCAAAAAACAAAUUUUCAUACCCACCGUCCCAUAAGAAGUAUAACUUCAAAACAUAAGUAAUAUUAAGUCAAAGACAUUUUUCAAAAACAUCAAAAACUGCUUUCUUAUCGGCCAUCGACACAAUCCUCUCUUUGUUUAUAUUUGGCAAGGUUUCUUUAAUGAAUCUGUGCCUCAAAAGGUUCGUCGUUGUUUUAAAAUUGUUCAUCACUUUUUUGCACGAUCUGCAUGCCACAAAGUUUGGUAUAGUAUCACCAUUUUGAUUUUUUAUUACACCAAAAGUCCCCCAUACCUUACUUCGGCAGUUUCUUUUGUCGCAAAUAGAAAAUAUAUUAUUAUUAAGAUUUAAGCUAAUACUUUGUUCUUCGAUUGUUUUUUAUAAAACUAUUACUUUUUUAAAUGAACUCAGAAGAUUACUAUUUUAAUAUUGUUCUCGCAAGAAAUCAGCUUUUGAGCUUAAACAUUUCAUUAAUAACUUUCCCUUUAACCCUUUCAUGCUGAUUUGUAAUUUCCCCAAUAUACCUACCCGAAAAAAUAGUAAUUUGUUUUAAAAACAAUCAUCCCAAAUCGCAUUAUUGCAUAUUUUUUAGGGAUAUGUUUCUACUACGCACCUACCUGCACAAAUUAACUGGGCAUUUCCCACUAUUUGUAUUGUUACCUAACGACUAAUUACUUUUUUAUUUACUCAGUCAUUGAAAAUCCCUUUCUAAUACCACGACGUCGCCAUUGCUGUAUCAGGAAAACAUCUCCAUACUAUAAUAGAACUAAUGCAAACUGCUCUCAAUAAGCUACUAAAAUGGGCAACAAACUGUGGAUUGGGGGUAAAUCCUCAAAAAAGAGAACUGGUCCUCUUUACAAAGAAAUAUAAAAUUCCACAACUAGACCCCCCUCUAUUAAUGGAGUUCCACUUAAUUUUGCCAGCGAAGCCAAAUACCUGGGUCUUAUUUUGGAUAGCAAAUUAAAUUGGAAAACCAACAUACAAGAAAAAAUAAGAAAAGCCACAGUGGCACUCUUUUCUUGCAAAAAAGCUAUAGGGAAUAAAUGGGGACUAUCUCCUAAAAUAACUCAUUGGCUAUACACUGCGGUCAUCAGACCUAUUCUCACUUACGGGAUAGCAGUUUGGUGGACUGCUCUGGAAAAAGUAACAUAUCGCUACAAGUUAAGCAAAGUCCAACGUUCAGCCUGCAUGUGCAUCAGCGGAGCUCUCCGUUCGACACCUUCCGCCGCUCUUGAUAUAUUACUCAAUCUUCCACCCAUAGAUAUAUUCAGCAAGCAGGUGGCCGCGAGCACUGCUAUAAGACUCCAAGCCAUCUCUCAAUGGACCAAUAACUCCAUUGGUCACACAAAUAUUCUGAAUUCAUUCGGAUCAAUCCAUAGUCACUCCGACUACACCACCCCACAAUUGGUUUUUGGCAAUAAUUAUGAAGUCACCAUCCCAAAUAGAUCAGAAUGGGACAAUGCCCAGUUUCUGAGAGAUGAUUCAAUUCAUUUCUACACAGAUGGUUCUAAAACCAAUGACGGAGUGGGUGGCGGGGUUUACUCCGAUAGACUUAAUGUUAGUCUCUCCUUCCGUCUCCCUAAUCACUGCAGCGUGUUCCAAGCGGAAAUAAUGGCGAUUAAAGAAGUACUGACUUGGCUCAAAGAAAACGUGAUAUCUACAUCUUAUAUCCGCAUCUUCUCUGAUAGCCAGGCCGCCCUUAAAUCGUUAGCUUCGGUUUCCACAAACUCCGUUACUGCCCGCGACUGUCAAUCAUCUCUCAUGGAGAUGUCAGAACAGUUUAACAUUCACCUUUUCUGGGUGCCGGGUCACAGAGAUAUUCUGGGAAACUGUGAAGCAGACGAACUCGCCAGAAAUUGAACUCUAAUCAAGGGGCACAGUAGUGCCCAGCCAAGUUCUCUAGCAACUUUGGCACUACACCCUUAUUUACAGGAAACAACUCAGGCCAUUUUCGACCCCCCUCUAACUUCCACACCAAAGAUGCUAGUAAUUUCGCUACAUUUGUUGAGCUGGUCGAAACCAAACUCCUCAUAAAAUUUCAGCCUCUUUCGAUGAGUAGUUUCUGAGAUAUAGGGCUUCAAAAAUCGCAAAAACCGUAACUGACUGACUCACUCACUCACUGACAGAUCAUCAAAAUUAUGGAGAACUUCCCGUUAAAGUAGAAACUUGAAAUUUUACACGGUGAUAGGACUUGUGGUGUAUACAAAGGGAAAAAUCGAAAAUUUGAGAUUUUCAAUUCAGGGGGCGUGGCAUCCGCACUUCUGAUUAUCGUAGAAUCUUGAAAUUUGGUAGAAUGGUAGAGCUAGUAGUUUAUAAAAAGGAAAAAAAUUAAAAUUUGAGAACUUUAGCCAGGGGGCGUGGUAACCGCCCAUUUUCACUGAAUUUUCAUCAAAUAUAUAGAUUUUCAAUUCUACAGCCAUACCUUGCAAAAAGGAGUGAAAUCACAACAAAAACAUUACUGUUAAAAAAAGAGCCAAGUUCUCCUAUGUUGAAAUUAUGCUGGCACAAAAAGUACUGAGAUGUAAAAGUGUACCAAGUUCUAAAGUUUGGGUUCAAAUUCGUAUCAAUAAAAUUUUGAUUGUUUACUUGGCAAUUUUUGAAAUAACUUUAAAAAUCGGCAGUUAAAAGAAAAAUUGUCAAGGGAACAAUCAAAAUUUUAUUGAUACGAAUUUGAAUCCAAACUUUAGAACUUGGUACACUUUUACAUCUCAGUACUUUUUGUGCCAGCAUAAUUUCAACAUAGGAGAACUUGGCUCUUUUUUUAACAGUAAUGUUUUUGUUGUGAUACCAAUUUUACCCAAUAAGGCAAAUAUUGGUAUACCAAUCGCAACGUGCAAACUCAUGUUGAAGCAAGAAGCUAUAGAGGCAACAAACAUACGAUGGUCAAACAUUAUAACUUGCCAAACGACCAAGCAGAUCUGGCCUAGGCUAGAUCCAAAACGUUCAAAAAAUUUGUUGUCUCUAAGCAGAUUGCAUAUCAGCUCUGUAAUAGGUGUCUUAACAGGACACUGUCUCAUAGGUAGACACGCCAUAAGACUUGGCGUAAUCUCUAACGACUUCUGUAGAAGUUGCCUUGAUGAGGAAGAAGAAGAAACAAUCCAACAUCUUCUCUGCUCAUGUCCUGCCCUUUCCAGUAGACGUAAAAAAUACCUGGAAAAAUAUUUCUUAGAAGAUACCAGUGAACUAAUCAAUACUGACAUCUUCAACCUUCACCGCUUUAUUAAAAGCUCCAACUGGUUUAAUUAGUGAGGAAUUUCCUCACAAAAUCAUGGUAUCACAACGGACCAAUAAAUGGUCUAAGUGUGUCAGUUGUUUUCCUGACAGCCAUUUCUACCUAACCUAACCUAAUACCACAAUUGUAAAAUUAAAAUAACCUGCUUUAAUUGCACUUGUACCGCAAACAACCAGCCCUCAAAACCUAAAUAAAAAAAAAAUGUGCAACAGGUACCUAUAGCACGUAGAAAUUGGAAGUGCUUGUUUUCAUUGUUCAAACUGUUCAUUAUUUUUCUAUCACGUUGGAACACUUCGAUCACUUUCGAUCAUUUCGAGUAAAGCCUGGCGUUUAUGAACAGUCGAUCUGUUUACGAGUAAUUUUGUUCGUGGGUAUUGAGGAUCGAGUAUACUCAUGAGUUCAAACAAUUUGUAUGGUUUUGUUUAUGAGUAUUUUUGUUUAUGAGUAAGAUGAUUUACGAGUAUAGAGAGAAAACGAUCGAGCACGAACGAUCAUUUAAAAAAAUUGAAAUUGUUCGAACCUGUUCGAACAAUUUCUCAUUUGGAUCUCUGCUACGGAGUACCCCGGAUUUACUCAACAUUUUUAGUCAGAUUUACACCGAUUUGCACACACACUUAUGAAUUUGAAGUUUCACAUUUUAAAAUUUUUUUUGAAAAGAGAAAAAUACGAAAAGUGUUUCUUUAAAAUUCUUUUGUUAUUAACAAAAACAAGAAACAACUAUUAUGAAUGUAUUUUCUAUUAUAUUAUAUUCCGCCAUAUAUAUUUCUUCCAUUAUUUUCGUUAAUUCUUCACUUUUUCCAAAAUGAAAUUGAAACCCAAAUAAAAGAGUUUUUCAGCCAGUAUUCUUCAUCAAUAAAAAAAUAUCCUGUGCCAGAUAAAAAAAAUCCCAUUUUUUUUCUGCGAUGAUAUUUUUAUUUUACAAUUAUCAAACAAAGGGUGUGUGUCAAUUAUGUAUUAUUUGCGUGUAUUAUUUGCGUGUAUUGUAACGUUUUCAAUUUAAUCAAAAGUUUUCGUUGCACAUAGAUCCCACUGGAGUUGUGUUUUUUUGUAUAUUUUGGUGUUUUUUUUUUUAAUUAAAAUGCACAGUCUGCUUCUACAGGAAGACGUAGAAGCACAAGAUGUGAUUUCACAUAGAUUCUUAAAAGUAACUCAAUAGUUUCAUCUCCAAAUUUAAUAAACUCUACUAUGAGAGAAAUACGGGAGCUAACAAAAAUUGAUUCUUCCGAUGAAAUUUCUUUAAGAAUCUUUUGAACGCAGGGAAAAGUAUUACAUAUUUUUGUUUGCUCGGACCAUACCGAAGUUUUCCGAAAAAUCCUCGGAGUUAUAAUGUUCCCCUCUCUUCCUUGGCGGCUCUUAUUUAGGAUGUUUAAGUGUUAAAAAAGAUAAGAUUUGUCUUUUAUAAGGUUCACUUCUAUGAUCACAUCUUUAGGCUAAUCAUUUGAUUCUGCAGACAGUUACAUCGAUACAAGAACUUAUCGAUGAGGAAAGCAGUGUGUUUAUGAAGAGUUUGGCAUUAUGAGUUUCAACAUUGUCCUUUUUUCACCAGUCAAAGCUUUGACACCAUCGCUACAAAAAGCCAAACAUUUUUUCCUAUCCAUUUCGUAGUCGUGACUCGCGACAGCUUUCUUAAAACAUGCUGUAUAAACACUGGCCAUUAGUGUAAGCAGGAAAAGCUUUACGAAAUAAAAUGUGCAGCACGGAAAAAAAUUUCUUCUCUAAUAAGUAAAAUCUUUGUAAUUGAAUCGAAUUUUGAACAACUUUAUUGUUUACCUACAGCUUUUUAAAAAUACUGACACAAUGUAGUGUGAAGAGGUCGCCAAAAUAUUUUUCCUCUCAAGGGGGUCGCAAGUUCAAAAAGUUUGAAAAACACUGUCUUAGAGCAAUCGUAUUGGCUUUAUUUUUAGGGUCAAUGUGGGUCAAUGUAAACAGGGGUAAAUGAAAACAUGGCUCAUAACAAGCUUCAGUUAAAUCUCUUUGAUGCAUACAUAAGUACAAAUCGAGGACGCAUGUAUCUUUUAACUUAUACGUCAAGCUCAUUGCUGUCAAGAGAGAAUUCAUUCGACGAGCGUAUUUUCCGUGAAAGAUAAUUUUUUAAAGUGCCAAACAAGUCGUUAGUCUUUCAGAAAAAUUAAAUAUUUUUGCAGAUUCAAUUAAGUCAGUAUAAUUUGCAAAUACUUUUUUGUUUUUAAUUUUGAUGUAGAUUCUAUGUGAUACAAGCAAAUUUUAAAAUACAGGACAUUUAUGUCGAUUUGCAUGUGUUUACAUUUACCCCAGAAUAUUUUUCAUAAUAGGUAAAUGUAAACAACGUAUUCUGGGGGUAAAUAUAAACAUAUAUUUUUGCUGAAAUUAUUUGUUUUAAUAAAAAUAACGUAUUUUUAGUCAAUUACUAUUGCUAAAGUGCCGCGGAGUCACAUUUUAAAGUAGCCAACACCAUCAUUUUCAUGAUGUGUGGAUGAUGUUGCAAAAUCGGUCUUUGACGUAAGAAAACAAAAAAUAUGACUUUCAGAGCUGCUCAGGAUGCAUAUUGGGCGCAUAUAUAAAGAAUCAAAUGAAGAUAACAAAAACUUUUAUUGGAAUUUGAAAAAGUUUUUGUCAAAUACCUUCUUGAACGUUUUUCAAGUUGUUAUCCAUAUGAUAAAGAGGAAAUUUUAAAUUUUAAACCACCGUUUACAUUUAUCCCAAAUUUGUAAAAAAACACAAACAUGGUGGGGUAUUUGUAAACAUGCCAUAUUUGACAGUAAUGUAAACAAUUUGGGAAAUAUUUGUUUAUAUUUAUAAAGAAGAAUUGCCAUCAUUUCAUAUUUGCAUUUGAAGAUACCUGUCAAGUUGUUCAGUGAAAAUAUAUAAAAAUCUAAAGUCGAAAGAAAAAAAGACAUGAAAUUGUUUACAUUUACCCACAUUGACCCUAUAUCAUUAGAUUCAGCAUCAAAAAAUACUGUAACGAUGAAUUACCGAACUACUUUUAAGAUAAAAGUCUGAACACACUACCUACUACUGCAAAGGUAGAAAUGUGAACGGACCUUUAAUAAUUAAGAAACUACCUACCCUCUGAACACAUCCCAAAAUAUCCCACUAGACUGGAAGUAUGAAGCGCCUCUCCUGGAAAGGAAGUUUCGAGAAGCGAAGACGAGAACCUUCUCGAAUCUCGAAAUUCUCGACAUUCUCGAAUCUCGAAAAAUUCCGGUAUAAAAGGGCAGCGUAGACAUCGACCGGACAGUUUAAUCUUGAAAGUGAAAGAGUACAGUAUAAAGUGAAAUAAAGUGUUGCGAAUUGUUAGUAGCAAAUAAAGUGAUUUAAAAGUGUGUUUGUUUGAGCGAAUAAUAAAAGUAAAUUGAGUUGAAAUAAAGUGUGUUCUUAUUUGAACGGCAAUAUAAGUGGAAAUUAAAUAAGUUUUAUGGUGAACCCGGAAUAAAACAUUACAUUGGUGUCAGAAAAGUACUUACUUAUAAAAUUUAUUUAUUUGUGCGAAUCAGAUAAUUUCGCGAAUAAAAUAAAAAAUGCUAGUGUGUUUUAACAAUAAACAAAGUGUAAAACAUUUUGAAAUAAGUAAAAGUGCUCGCGUUUUGAAAAUUUAAAAUGGGUAAAACACUAAAUCAGUUAAGUUUGACUGAGCUGAAAGCGGAAUUAACUAAGCGAGGUCUUCCUACUGCUGGAUCGAAAAAUGACCUCAUUAUUCGUCUACAGGAUUAUUUAACCCAGAAAAACGAAGAUUUGGAUACAUUUCAAUUCGAAGUUGAAAUGAUAGAAGAACGAGUAAGUACCAGUUCCGAUAUGUCAUCCAUGAUGGCUGUUCUCCUUGCAAAAUUUGAUGAACAGAGAGAACAAAUGGAACAACAACGCACAGAGCAAAAGAAUGAACAGAAGAAUCUUCUCGAAAAAUUGGAAACCCAAAAGAACCUUCUAGAUGGACAGAAAAACCUCAUCGAAGGUAAGCUUGAUGCUAUCGAGAACAAGUUCGUUGCUCUUGAUGCUUCCAUCAAAAGUGUUGAAAAACAAUCUCGAGAAAAGUUGAAGAAGAACUCGAGAAAGUAGAAAUAAAAUUCGAUGACAAAUUGAAAGGAAUGGAAGUUAAAAUGCAAAGUUUUACCGAAGAACUUGACAAGGUUCGAAAAAUUAAGGUGCGAGAAAGUUCUGGUGAGUAUUUAAAGAAGAAAGAAAUGCAUCCACCAACCUUUGAUGGACAAAGUUCCUGGUCGAUCUACAAGAAACAGUUUGAGGCAGCUGCCACAACAAAUGGCUGGGAUGACGAAGACAAAUGUAUAGCGCUGACUCUUGCUCUUAGAAGUCCUGCUGCUGAGUUGUUACAAACUUUACCACCAGAAAAGAAUGGUAACUUUAACGCUCUUGUCCAGGUUAUUGAAAAACGCUUUGGAAAUGGCCAUAUGCAGGAGGUCUUCCGCGUCCAACUCAAUACAAGAGUCCAGAAAAGAGGAGAAACUCUGCAACAACUCCAAGCAGAUAUUGAAAGGUUAGUUCAUCUGGCAUAUCCAACAGCAGGAGACGACAUUAUCAAUCAGUUUGCGACAGAAGCCUUUGUUCGUGCUGUAUCUGACAUAUGUAAAUCUUCAGCGAGCUAUACGAACAGCUGGAAAACGUUCCCUUCCUGAAGCAUUAGCGUUCGCACUAACUAUGGAGGCAGCAGAACAGGCUUCUUAAGGCGUUCAUCGGGUAAGAGAAGUUGCAGUCGAGGAAUGCUCUUGUCAAAAACUCGCAUUCCAAAGAAACCAACGAGACGGAGCUACUCGAUGCUGGAACUCCAGCGGCAGUGCAGAUUGCCACCAAAAAGAAAUGCUUGCACACACUGUGGAAACAGGAAUAUUGCCCAACAACAGGUAAGCGAUACAACCAACACUCAUCCUCAACUUGAUUCCCAUUCGGGAAACUUCGAGGGGCAGAAGCUGGUUUCUGGUAUCGAUGGCCCCAGAACCACAAUUCAAGUCUCACAGACUAAACGAGACAACAAAAGUCUGACAGUGGAGGCGACCAUAAACAACAAACAACACGUGGCUAUAAUUGACACCGGUGCCACCGCCUCUAUUGUACGAAGAGACUUGGUGAAGAUGACAUGGCUACAUAACACCAACAGCUACCGUCUGAAGACCGCCACAGGAGAAGCAGCAAGGGUGUACGGUGAAGUUCGUCUUACGAUCCGUAGGGCAGAAUUAGAGUUUUCGCAUGUGUUUUUGGUGGCAGAUAUAUGUGACGAGUGCAUCAUUGGAAUCGACUUCAUGAAGGACCAUGGAAUCAUUUUGGAUAUAGGUAAUCAAGUCUUGAAAUACAGAAAUGUGGAGAUCCCAAUGGUCUAUGGCAACGAAAAUUCAACAACAAUUAGAACUUUCAUCAAAGAAGACAUGUGCCUGCCUCCUUCUUCAGAAGUUUUUGUGUGGACGAAACUAAAGGGGAAUAUUGGAAGCCAUCGAUACCUCAUGGUUGAGCCAGAAGUUGAGCAAAGUUCCCAAAACGUCAUCAUCGGUAAGACUCUUGUGGCACCAAAGAACAACAUGGUACCUGUACGGAUACUUAACAUCAAACCGUACCCAAUAAAGCUUAAGAAAGGAGAAGUUGUUGGGCAAUGCGAAUCUGUACCCGCAAUAACUAAGAUCAACGAGGCGGACACACAGAUGACUAUGAACUCGGAGAAACUAAAGACUCAAAUUCUUAAAUCAGACAACUUGAGUCAACAUCAGCUUAAUGUUGCGGGAAGGCUUCUUCACGAAUAUGCUGAUAUCUUCUCUUCACCCAGCGGGCAGUACGGCCGAACACAACUGGUGCAACAUCGAAUCGAUACAGGAGAUGCUAGGCCGAUUCGUCAACCAGCAAGACGUCUCCCGUUGGCCAAACAAGGUGAAGUUGAAGCAGUGGCGUAGAUAGCUUUUCGCUAAGGGGGGGGAUAGAUUUAGUUCGCAAAUUUUUUUUAAAGUUUUAAUAAUGUUUCUUCGUAUUGUUUUUAUUUUCUUUAAAUUGGAGAAAGUUCUUUCGGUGGUUGACGUUGAAACCUACGGGUACUAGGAAAACUUUCUUCGGGGCUGCUAUCGAGGGCUUUUAAUGAGUUCAUAGAGAAAGUAUUAUUCCUUCUGAUAAAAUAUCUUUUCUGAGUUUUUAAUUCUUCACACAGAGAAAAAUAUGACCAGGACCACCUAAAAACUAACAGAUUUUCUUAUUGAACUGUUUUAUGAAGAAACCUUAUUAAAAUCAGCAAUUAAUUUAUUAAAUAUUAUUUUCAUGGAAAAAAUCUUUUUGAAAUUUAGUAAAAAUUUCAUUAUUUCAAAUUUUGCAAUAAGGAAAACCAAUCGGGUGAUUAGCUUCCAAAAAAUAAUAUUUCCUUCUUGGAUGAAAACCAUAAGGAAAUCUUAUUGUUUUUGUUCUAUUUUACGUGGUCUUGUUUUCUCGGUGGAAGAAUAGAAGAUUGUCCUGCAGCCAAAUGUUUGGUAAAACUCAACAGUUUCAUUAAAUUCUUUAGCUGCUUUGUCUAUUUCAGACGAAGAAUUCUUGGAAAGAACCAAAAUCCUUUCUAGUAUGUUUUCAUGGUUUCUAAAUUUUUCUUCAAGGCCCAUUAUUUAGAAAUCGAGAAAAGGUUGAAAACAGUAACACGAAAAUAUUCUUUUCUGUACUUUGAACCGAAGGGUUCGAACGAUUCUUUUGUUGCUUCACUAUUCUCUUAUGUUUGAAGCCUAUGUCAACGACUUCAGUUAUUUUUUUUUGGAACCUACAAACACUUUCGAAAAUGAGUCGCCUUCUGCCCGUUUAAUUUUUAGUUGAUCUCUUAAAUCUUUGGCGAGAUCCAAAGCUUGGACCAAGUCUAAAUUCACUCUUUGAAACUCCGACUUAAUGGCAACGAGAGUUGGUAAACCAUAUUUAUAACCUUUAAGCUAAUCAAAAACUCGAAAUCCAUAGCGUUUUUUUUCAGAGUGUGUUUCUUUAACUUAUUUGUUCAUGACUGGUUAUUUUGUACAAUUAUCGAUCCCAAUCAAUGGGGGGGGGGAUAUAUCCCCCUGAUCCCCCCCCCUAUCUACGCCACUGAUGUUGAAGAAAUGAUAUCGACAAUGAAGAAAUAUGGGCUGAUCGAAAAUUCCAAAAGCCCUUGGGCAUUACCGGUAGUUCUCGUCAAAAAGAAAGAUGGAAGCACUCGAUUUUGUGUCGACUACCGCUGGCUGAAUGAUGUGACGAAGAAAGACAGCUACCCACUGCCAAGAAUCAGCGAUACUCUAGAUGCAAUGGAAGGAGCACAAUGGUUUUCGACUUUGGACUUGAAGAGUGGCUACUGGCAGGUAGAAAUCCAUCCAGAAGAUCGGGAAAAGACGGCUUUCUCCACAGGAAAUGCACUGUGGCAGUUUAAUGUCAUGCCGUUUGGGCUAUGUAAUGCCCCAGCUACUUUUAAGCGCUUGAUGGAGUGCGUUUUGAAUGGAUUAACCUGGAAAUCUUGCCUAGUCUAUUUGGAUGAUGUCAUCGUUUACGAAAAAACAUUUGAUGACCAUUGUGAAAACCUAAAGGCUGUAUUCCAAAGGCUACGAGAAGCACAUCUUAAGUUGAAUCCAAAGAAAUGUGCACUUUUCAAGACCGAGGUUAAAUACUUGGGGCAUAUCAUCUCAUCCCAAGGAGUAAAGACUGAUCCUGAAAAAGUUGACACUGUGAAAAAUUGGCCAACCCCUCAGGACAAGCAUCAACUUCGGAGUUUCCUCGGUCUGGCAACGUACUAUCGAUGAUUUGUGAAGGAUUUUGCGAGAAUCGCCAAGAGCUUGCACCAACUUACGGAGAAGGGUAAAUCCUUUAAAUGGUCAGAUGAGUGUGAGAAAAGCUUUCAGGAACUGAAGCUUCGGUUAUGUAGAGCUCCUGUGCUGGCCUAUCCGACUCCAGGCAAACAAUUCAUCAUUGACGCAGAUGCAAGUAAUGUUGUAGUUGGUGCUGUUUCAUCGCAAGUUCAUGACGGAGAAGAAAAGGUUGUUGCCUAUUUCAGCAAGGUACUCUCGAAACAAGAAAGAAACUAUUGCGUGACCAGAAGGGAACUUCUAUUUAUUCAACACGUUAAAUACUAACGCAGCAAUCUCUUAUUCUAUAACAUUAUGUACAUUAAAUAUAAAUAUACUUAUAAAUACUUAAAUCUAUUUUAUAAAUUUAAUUGUAAUGGAUGAAGAACAUAUUCUCAAAAUUUUGCGAUUUUACAUUAACAUUUAUUGAUUGAAUUAAGAAAUAGUUUUUAUUGAAGAUAUUUAUCAAAAUAUUGAGAGGACUAUUGUCCCCAUAAUUAGAUCUACUAAAAAUAUUACAAAGAGGCAUUUGCCUUCUUAAGCUAGAACGACUAACACUAAAACUCAAUCUACACAGAAUCGAUGAAGCCGUAACUGUUCCGCCAACAAUUCCCACCAUAAAACAGAAUUGCAAGUUCUCUCGAUGACUUAAAAGAGAUGGAAGAUUUAUUAGUUGAAGUCUAUGUGAAUAAGGUGGCAAAUCAAUCCUACUAGACCAGGGAAGAAAACGUAAACAAAAUCUCAUAAAUCUUCUUUGAACACAUUCUAUUCUGUUGACAUGAACCGCGUAAUAUGGGGCCCAUACAAUACAACCGUAUUCCAGAAUAGACCUAACAAAUGAAA